CUGCCGCUGCCGGCGGCUUGUGAGAUGAAUCAGCCCCGGGGGAGGGGGGAUCCCGAUUAUUAAACCCCCCCCCCCCCGGAGGAGGAGGAGGAGGAGGAGGGGGCCCGGGCUUCACAGGCCCCGGUUCAGCGGCCGCCACUCACACUCGGUGUCUUCAUCCCUUCAAGGUCCCUCCCUCCAUUCCUCCCUCCCUCUCUCUCUCUCUCUCCCUCCUUCCGGCAGACGGUGCGGAUCCUCCUUCACUCGCUACAUAUUCAAGGCCAAGAAGACGGGGUGUUUCCUGCGGCUGGAUUGACCAGAUAUCUCUUUGGGGAACCGUUGGUAAUGCAUUGAAAGUCAUGGAUCACCUUGUAAAUACUGGAACUCAAACAGAUCCUGUUGUGAUAUUAUCCUUUGCACAAGCAGCUACUUUGGGACUGGUUGGCCAGAAUGGCCCUUUUAGCUUUCCAUUCAGAGAGAAUGGAAUUUAUCAUAUGCCAGAUGCAUCAAUUAAUAAAAACAUUGCACUUGAACACAUGACGACAGAGCAAAGCCCUAGACUGGAUGUGAUCAACACAUCAGAAUGUUUUGAACAACAAGAGGAGGAAAGUUUAGAAGCAGAGAAUGGCUUUAUAACUUUUGAAAGACAAGCAAGAAGGAGGAAACGGCAGCCCGUGAAGCUAGUACAUGCUGAAAAAAAUGAUGAAAAUUGUAAGGAAGAAACUGUUGAGGCGGAGUAUGAUGCAGAGAAUCAGUCCAACAGUGUUCUGUACAGACAUGGAAUAAAAAUGAUUGACAUAAGUAACUUCAAAAGGAAACAAAUGCACCGCCCUCUUCGUGAAAGGACUCAAGAUGUUCACAGUGUUAAUUUUCCCUCAAACUAUAAGGAAAUCCUUCAUUGUAAUUCUGCUGAUCAGCAGGAGAAGGUUGGCAUAGAAGGGGAAAAGUUAAUGAGCAGUUACUUUGAAACAAAUAAAUCGCCGACUUUAGUCCAGAUGGAAGAACAGUUUCCAGAAGAGUCAGUGACCGGGGAGAACCGUAACUUUGUAUGGCAACGCCAAGUGGCAUAUGAAACUGAGAUAUCUGCUCCUCAGCAGGAGGAUCGUAACAGAAGAGCUCAAAUAGAUCGGUUGGAUAUUAAUGUACAGAUUGAUGAUUCCUAUUGUAUUGAUGUUGGGGAAGGGCAGAAACGAUGGCAGUGUCGGUUAUGUGAAAAAUCAUACACUUCCAAAUAUAACUUGGUCACUCACAUAUUGGGCCACAGUGGCAUCAAGCCGCACGAAUGCCAACACUGUCACAAGCUUUUUAAGCAGCCGAGUCAUUUACAGAUGCACCUUCUUACGCACGAAGGCAUUCGACCACAUAAGUGUGAGGUGUGUGACAAAGCCUUCACACAGACAAGCCAUCUUAAACGGCACAUGUUGCUGCACACUGACAUCAAACCAUACAGCUGCAGAGUCUGUGGACGGGGGUUUGCCUAUCCUAGUGAGUUGAAGGCCCAUGAAGCAAAGCAUGAAAAUGGCAGGUGUCAUGUUUGUAUUGAAUGUGGGUUGGAUUUUGUGUCACUCAUUCAGCUAAAGAGACAUCUUGUUGCACAUCAAGGUCCCACACCGUAUGAAUGCACAGAGUGCAGCAAAACUUUCAGUUACCGAAGUCAGCUUCAGAAUCACAUGAUGAAACAUCAGAAUAUCCGCCCGUAUGUCUGCACUGAAUGCGGUAUGGAAUUUACCCAGCCUCAUCACCUGAAGCAGCAUUCGCUUACACACAAGGGAGUAAAAGAGUUCAAGUGUGAAGUAUGUGGACGUGAAUUCACCCUUCAAGCAAACUUGAAGAGACAUAUGCUAAUUCACACCAGUGUCCGAGCUUAUCAGUGCCACAUCUGCUUUAAAACUUUUGUUCAAAAACAGACUCUGAAGACCCACAUGAUUGUUCAUUCACCUGUCAAACCAUUUAAAUGUAAGGUAUGUGGAAAAGAAUUCAAUCGGAUGUACAAUCUGCUGGGUCACAUGCACCUUCAUUCAGACAGUAAGCCCUUCAAAUGUCCAUACUGUUCAAGCAAGUUUACCCUCAAAGGGAAUUUAAGCCGGCACAUGAAGGUCAAGCAUGGCGUCAUGGACAUUGUUCUUGAUGGACAAGAAAGCUUGUUGGAUAUUGGACAUUCUGAACGUAUGGAAAAUCAGCAAGCAGAGAUCGACGACUAUGAAGAAAAUUCUUUUGACUUCACAGGUGGACAAAAAGCUGCUGAUGACACUUCAGACUCGACAAAAAUGUCUGAUGAGGAAAGUAUGAAAGACAUAUACUUUAAUUUUGAGAAGGAAGCUGAAAGGUAUGGAAUGGACUUAAAACCAUAACUGAAGUGAAGCCAAAAAAUAUUGAUUCUGUGCUUUGACCAUUGUUAUUUGUGCAUAGCUUUCUAUUAAUGCUGCAGUUGCAGAUUUUAAAUUUACAUUCCAACUUUAAACGUAUGUUUCACAAAAACAUUGUAAUGUGAAUCCAUUUUACACGUUACUAAUCUCAGGGUUCUGUGAGAAUUUUUUUUUAAAGAUGGUCUACUCUGGACCAAAACAGAUGACUACUACCAAAAUUAUGUUGGUCUUUACUGUGUAAAAUAUAACUUCCAAAAAAAAAGGUUCUGUAUAUAUACACACAUCCAAUUGGAGUAAUUCAUUGAAUUACAUUGUGGAGUGGCUUUUGUGGAUUUAUUUUCUUACUGGACUAUAUAAUCAUCUACAAUAGCAAUAAAAUAACAAAUCUGUUUAAAAGUAA